AUGACUCCCAAUCAGAACGUGAAGAGCAAUGGCGUUAAUCGCGAUACUCACACCCCUCCAAUCCUUGACAAGCACUAUGCCACUUAUAACAUGGCACAAUUCAAACACCUUCUCUACACCCUCCCCCCUUCCCCAUCUAUGUCCCAUGACAAUGAGGACAAUCAAAAGGUACGAGAAGCUCCCGAAGUGCCCGAGAUGCUCAACCUACCCCAAAGUUUUCUUAAGAAGUUUCUAAACAAGACGCAGGACAGCAAGAAGGACCAGGUUGGCCCUGUAGGCAUUCAAAGUGUACCUCAAGAGACGAUCCUACACGUCGCGACCUUUCUGUCUCAGGCGGACAGGUGCCAUCUUGCGCAAACUUGUCGAGGCUUUUCCAUUCUGAUGAAGACGCCAUUGCACGAACAGGAUGAGAAUGAGGACCAUCAUGCACUAUGGUGGGCAUGCGUGAAUAAUAACGCCGACUUGUUUAAGCGUGCACUCGGCGAGGAUUUGACUCUCAUCAAUUACCGCUUCAAAGAGCAUCACUCCACCCGCUCGAUUCCCGAGAGCAUGUAUUGGAGCAUGCACUUCACACCAUUGAUCCUGGCCCUCAAGUUUAGAGCUGACCAGGUUCUGUUACUGCUCUUGAAAUCUGGAGUGGAUGUGAAUCUUGCAGAUGAGAUGCCUCUGGUCCAGGGAACGCAAUUCAUGGGCCAUCGCCGUCAAUGGCUGCCUAUUAACUGGGGAGUUCAUUUGAUGAACCCGGGCAUGGACUUCGACCUCUGUAUCGGUCUACUCGUCGCAUAUGGAGCAAACCCCAACCAAGCUCCAUUAAUGCUCCCAUGGGAAUCCCCUGAAGAUGAUCCUCGCCCGGGAGAUCAAAUGCCACUUUUCGAGCAACUGGAGUUGGCACUACAGCUUCAUUCAUCCGUGCACGUCCCCAUUGACGAUCUGAAGGACAUUUACGAGAAGCGGCGAAGCCGCAUAAUUUCGUUGCUCGAAGUGGGCGCUGAUGCGAAGGCGGUACACCCCUACACAUUUCACACGGCUCUUCACCAUCUUGCUCAGAGGAUGGUAAAGUAUGAACCCCGUGAACAUCUGAUGACGGGCCAAUUUGCCGAGAUUAUCUAUGAUGAGGUCAUAAUCCCUCACUGUCUCCAAACUUUUGAGAUGCUUAUUUACUCUGGCGCCCAGCUGUCGGCACUCAGUUGGGACUACGACAGCGGCCUACGCACGCCUUUGCACGUCAUAUGCACCAAGAGCGGUCGGUAUGAGGAGAUAAUCAACUAUUUUCUUAGGAAUGGUAUGGACAUAAACGUGGCCGAUAGUUAUGGUCGUACACCUAUCUAUGAGGUAUUAGAACACCCUCCCAGCGAUCUAAAGGUCCUAUCUCGAUUCAUCGACAAGGGUGUUAAUAUUCACCAUCGAGACAACAUGCUAAGAACACCACUACAUGCCGUCUGUAAUGGUUAUCGCAGCUCUCAAGAGAGACUUCGACAGAUGAUAAACAUUCUACUUCAGCGUGGUGCUAGCGCGACUAUUACCGACCUCGAUGAGAAGACGCCUCUCGACCUCCUUCUUGCGACAAGUAGAAUAGUAUUCUCGCCAGAAUUAAUUCAGACUCUACGCAACGCUGAGCGCCGUACUCCAGCGCACAUGGGCGGAACAGGACGUGGCGGUGGACGUGGUGGACGUGGAGGACGUGGAAGAGGUGGAAGAGGCGGUUGAUCACCGUGGUAAACUCUUUGGUCUGUAACGACUAGAAAUUGGGCACAGCUUCAUUGGUUACAUGACGAGAAUUGGUUUUCACGAUGGAUGCGCUGCUAGGG